UGAGCGGGAGCAGAGGAACAGUGGCGGAAGACGACAUUUACCCGAGAGCUUAUCAUUGUUUGCUGAAUUUCGUGGAAACACCGUUAGAUUAUGUAUUUUCGCAUCGUGGCAACCGUUUGGGGACUUGAAAUAUAUUCAGCCAUUCGAAAACCAUACAGGCUAUGCUAUCGAUUAAAUUGACGUUUGGAAAAGUGAAAGCGAUUGUCCGCGGUUAAUCGACGGAAUCACUGGACGGAAGACGGCUUGAGAGACCGGACAGAAGGUGGUUGAAGAAAACAGCCUUGGUUUAAUGUCGCUGCGCCUAUCAUAAUCUGAAACAUUGGCAGCCUCGAUGCCUGCUAGAUGAGACCAUCUUUGCCAUGGCAUUUGUCCUGAAAGACUUGGAAAACCCCUACAAAUGAAAAACGCUCAACGUUCAUCAUUACUGCGGAUUUAAAUGCUUCUCACCGACCCGCUAUUUCGCUCCAGUUUGUGCGUGCGGCGUUUUCCACUGUAGCGGACAUCUGAACUAGAUUGCAAUAAACAGUUAAGUGCGGGUGACAAUAAUAUAGAACGCGAAGGGGGGUAUUUUUGUUUCAAGCAAUAUGGCUGGUGAGUGGGGCUGGGGACGCUGGCACAGGCUCUCCAAGGCUCAUAGAUGCUAGCUGAGCCGGAUGCCACCGUUCUCCAUGGAAGCGGCAACUCUAUGAUGAGUAGAAAUAUCUAUCAUAAUACAAAUCAGGACUCCUCGAUCUCUAUAUCCAAGAUGGACGUGAUCAUCCCCUUCUCGCCAGACGUGCCCUGCGACAAUAAUGGCCAACGCAUGUGGUGGGCAUUCCUCGCCUCUUCUAUGGUGACGUUUUUCGGGGGUCUCUUCAUCAUUCUCCUUUGGAGGACCCUUAAAUACCUGUGGACCGUGUGCUGCCACUGCAACACCAAAAAGAAGGAGGCCCAGAAGGUGAAUAACCCUGCUAACAGUCAGGCAGCAGAUGGGACACCUAAGGGUCCUGAUGAGAAGGACGAAGUGGUACCUGCCAGCGAGGUGGGGUGGAUGACCUCUGUGAAGGACUGGGCCGGGGUCAUGAUAUCAGCACAGACACUCACCGGCAGAGUCCUGGUCGUGCUCGUCUUUGCUCUCAGCAUUGGAGCACUUGGAAUAUACUUUAUAGACUCUUCUGAUCCCAUAGAAUCCUGUCAGAAUUUCUACAAAGAUUUCACGUUACAGAUCGACAUGUUCUUCAAUGUCUUCUUCCUCCUCUACUUUGGGCUGCGGUUCAUAGCAGCCAAUGAUAAGCUGUGGUUCUGGCUGGAGGUCAACUCAGUGGUGGACUUCUUCACUGUUCCUCCUGUCUUCGUAUCGGUCUACUUGAAUAGGAGCUGGCUGGGCUUAAGAUUCCUGAGAGCCUUGAGAUUGAUACAGUUCUCAGAAAUUUUACAGUUUUUGAAUAUCUUAAAAACAAGCAAUUCCAUCAAGCUGGUGAACCUGUGUUCCAUCUUCAUAAGCACAUGGCUAACAGCUGCCGGAUUCAUACAUUUGGUGGAAAACUCAGGGGAUCCUUGGGAAAACUUCCAAAAUUCCCAGUCACUUUCCUAUUGGGAAUGUGUCUACUUGCUCAUGGUCACUAUGUCAACAGUGGGCUACGGGGAUGUCUAUGCAAAAACCACCCUGGGACGCCUGUUCAUGGUCUUCUUCAUCCUUGGGGGUUUGGCCAUGUUUGCCAGCUACGUCCCUGAAAUCAUAGAGUUAAUAGGAAACCGCAAGAAAUAUGGUGGUUCCUAUAGUGCGGUUAAUGGGAGAAAGCACAUUGUGGUCUGUGGUCAUAUAACGCUCGAAAGUGUCUCCAACUUCCUCAAAGACUUCCUACACAAGGACAGGGAUGAUGUCAAUGUAGAAAUUGUUUUUCUCCAUAAUAUUUCCCCUAAUCUUGAGCUGGAAGCCUUGUUCAAACGCCACUUUACCCAAGUGGAGUUCUACCAGGGAUCUGUUCUCAACCCUCACGAUCUGGCCCGAGUGAAGAUUGAGUCAGCAGACGCCUGUCUGAUUCUGGCUAAUAAAUACUGUCCAGAUCCCGAUGCUGAAGAUGCCUCCAACAUCAUGAGGGUCAUCUCUAUCAAGAACUAUUCCCCCAAGAUACGAAUUAUCACUCAAAUGUUACAAUACCAUAACAAGGCUCACCUGCUCAACAUUCCUAGCUGGAACUGGAAGGAGGGGGAUGAUGCGAUCUGUCUAGCAGAGCUGAAGGCUGGCUUCAUAGCUCAGAGCUGUCUAGCCCAGGGCCUCUCCACCAUGCUUGCCAAUCUCUUCUCCAUGAGGUCUUUCAUCGAGAUUGAAGAGGAUACGUGGCAGAAGUACUAUUUAGAAGGGGUAGCUAAUGAGAUGUACACAGAGUAUCUGUCCAGUGCCUUUGUGGGGCUCUCCUUCCCAGCAGUCUGUGAGCUGUGCUACGUGAAGCUGAAGCUGUUGCUUAUCGCCAUCGAGAACAAGUCGGAGCUGGGAGAGAGCAGCAUCCUCAUCAACCCGGGGAACCACGUAAAGAUGCAGGAAGGAACUCUGGGGUUCUUCAUCGCCAGCGACGCCAAAGAAGUAAAGAGAGCAUUUUUCUACUGCAAAGCUUGUCACGACGACAUCACAGACCCCAAACGGAUCAAAAAGUGUGGCUGCAAACGACCCAAGAUGUCCGCCUACAAACAAAUGAAACUGGCAUGUUGUUUUGAUUGCGGCCGUUCAGAGCGAGACUGCUCUUGCAUGUCAGGCAGUGUACAUUGUAACAUGGACACCCUACAGAGGGCCUACCCACUCUCCUCUGUCUCUGUUCAUGAUUGCGCAACCACUUUACGUGCCUUUGAAGAUGAGCACCCGUCAACUCUGUCGCCCAAAAAAAAGCAGCGGAACGGAGGUAUGCGAAACUCACCCAACAACUCGCCCAAAAUGAUGAGGCAUGACCCUCUACUAAUCCCUGGGAACGAGCAGAUGGAGAACAUGGACAUGAAUGUGAAGCAGUACGACUCCACAGGAAUGUUCCACUGGUGCCCAUCUAAAGAGAUUGAGAAGGUCAUCCUGACCCGGAGUGAGGCAUCCAUGACGGUGUUGAGCGGCCAUGUAGUGGUCUGUAUAUUUGGAGAUGUCACGUCCGCUCUAGUGGGGCUGCGAAACUUGGUGAUGCCUUUGAGAGCCAGCAACUUCCAUUAUCACGAGCUGAAGCCCAUAGUGUUUGUGGGCUCGCUGGAGUACCUGAGGAGAGAGUGGGAAACUCUACACAACUUCCCCAAGGUCUCCAUACUACCUGGUACGCCAUUAAGUCGUGCAGAUUUAAGGGCUGUCAACAUCAACCUCUGCGACAUGUGCGUGAUACUGUCGGCCAAUCAGAACAAUAUCGACGACGCCUCGCUGCAGGAUAAGGAAUGCAUUCUGGCGUCGCUCAACAUCAAGUCUAUGCAGUUUGACGACAGCAUCGGGCUCUUGCAGGCUAACUCCCAAGGUUUCACGCCUCCUGGAAUGGACCGGUCCUCUCCAGACAGCAGUCCAGUACAUGGUUUAGUACGCCAGGCCUCCGUCACCACCGGCGCCAACAUCCCCAUCAUCACUGAACUAGUGAACGACUCCAACGUUCAGUUCCUGGACCAAGAUGAUGAUGAUGACCCGGACACAGAGCUGUACCUGACACAGCCCUUCGCCUGCGGAACUGCCUUCGCUGUCAGCGUGCUGGACUCUCUCAUGAGUGCAACAUACUUCAACGAUAAUAUCCUCACCCUGAUCCGGACGCUGGUGACUGGGGGAGCCACCCCAGAGCUAGAGGCUCUAUUGGCCGAAGAGAACGCCCUGCGAGGGGGCUACAGCACGCCACAGACACUGGCCAACCGAGACAGGUGUCGUGUAGCCCAGCUAGCCCUCUAUGACGGGCCCUUUGCCGACUUGGGGGAUGGCGGUUGCUAUGGAGAUUUGUUUUGUAAAGCGUUGAAGACGUACAACAUGUUGUGCUUCGGAAUAUACAGAUUGAGAGACGCUCACCUCGCCACGCCUAGCCAGUGUACCAAACGGUAUGUGAUCACCAACCCUCCGUAUGAGUUUGAGCUGGUCCCCACAGACCUGAUCUUCUGCCUGAUGCAGUUUGACCACAACGCUGGCCAGUCCCGGGCCAGCCUCUCCCACAGCUCUCACUCCUCCCAUUCCUCUAGCAAAAAGAGCUCGUCCGUCCACUCCAUCCCCACCACCAACCGGCAGAACCGCAACAGCAAGGCCCGGGAGGCCGGCCACAAACAGAAUGCAACAAGGAUGAAUAGAAUGAGCCAAGAAAGGAAAUGGUUUACAGAUGAACCAGAAAAUGCCUACCCACGGAACAUUCAGAUCAAGCCCAUGAGCACUCACAUGGCCAACCAAAUCAACCAAUACAAAUCCACUAGCAGUCUGAUUCCACCAAUCAGAGAAGUUGAAGAUGAAUGCUGAAAACCAGGCCCACUUGAUGACUCGUGAGAAGUCUGGAUGCUCUUUCGAAAGGAGAGAAAGGGAGAUGACAAACGGGGAUGAUGAUGUUGAUUCAUUGGUCCUCACUCAUUCUACAGAUCAAGGGUUUGACAUAAACACCACAACUUGAAGGGACCUCCUAUGUGUAUACCUUUAAUGUUACUUCCAUGCUCUACAAUGGACAAUGUUUUAUUUAUCAAUCUUCCAUAGAGAUGUACAUAAUGACAAUCAAAUAAGGAUUGUUCAUCCACCUAGCACUUUUUAAAAUUAUUUUAAGAGUUGAAAAAGAGAAGAAAAAGUACUUCCUGUCAUUAUUUGCAAUAGUUCACAUCUUUGUGUGACCACACUCCAUGGCUACUGUAGCUGAGGUUACUACUGGUUGUUGGAGGAUGAGGGCCGCGGCAGUUUUCUCAUCACAAUAUCAUAACAUCUCCAAAAGACCCAGAAAACCGGCUGGGGUUUACCGCUCACCACUCAUACUCCCUAUCUGCUUCUGUUCUAUUUGCACAAAAACUGACCACCUUCUUUUGCAACAUGACGACAUGAAACAUUGAUAUCGUCCCAAAACAACUACCAUCACAGAAAGUGUCACCCUUUUGGUUUGUUGAUUCACUGAAUGAAAGAAAAGCUGCUUGUCAUUUGGAGAGAUGUACUGUGGUAAUUUGGAAAGAUCCAUUACGUCACUGCUUAGGGUAUGCUACUGUAUGUCAUCACACUGUUGAGUAAUCAAUUAAUGCAUUCCAGUCCUGUAGAAUGGGAUCAUAUUGAAAAUCAGGUGUCUUGAGACUCAGAGUACAGUAAGAGACAGUUCUUGGAUAAGCUGGCUGACAGAGUAUAUAGCUACGCUGUACUUACAUCUGUUCUGGUGAUAUCACAAUGAAUAUGGAUGAUAAUGAUGUCUAUGACAGCGUUUCAAGCUCCUAUCAUCGCAUGGUAUGUCCCUGAUCCUUUCUAUAACAAUAGAGCGCAGAUGAGCACCUUAAACUGAAAACAUAGAAGGGAUGAAAGAACAACCUUGUCCUAUCCCUUAUGUGCAAACAUGAAAGGGGAGAAUGGACAACCUUGUCUCGUCCCUGGCGAAAACAUGAAUGGGGUGAAAAGACAGCCUUCUCUUGUUCCUUGUGUGGACAGAUGAUGCAUAUGGUAUGUACAUGCAAUGUGUGUACUGUACAUGGCAGCGAUGUGUCCCCUCAGUAAGAACAUUGGUGGUACAUCUGAGUUAAAUGCACAAAUUGGUAUCAUCAUCAUCUCUCCAUCAGUGUGUCUGUGAUGGUGGUUCAGCCUCUGGGGGAGCGUCAUGUGGGAUCAAGGCUACAAUCAUCCAAGACAAAUAGGAACUAGAUCUGUCUGGGGGUUGCGGAUCAACUAAUAAACUAAAUAAACACGUUUCUAUACUUAGUCACAUCACCGGUAAUACACCAACUAUGAUUGAGCUGAACAUUUUUGUUAUAAACAUUAGCUGUGUGCCCUAAAACUUUAGAGAAAGCUUUUAAGUCCAAACCUAUGCCAUGAUAUCUAUGGCGAAAAUUGGGAUUUAAGAAUGAACAAAAUAAGCAUCUAAUUUGAAUGUUUUUUGUUUGUUGAGACAUUUGGAGAAGCAAUGCCACAUGUUGCGUAAAAUGGGCAUCAAUGGGUCCUCCUUUGACCAGAACCACUGCCUGGCACAGGGUUGGUAACAGAGGCAGUAAAGAGCUUGGAUGUUCUCCGUUGCCAAUCCUGAUGCCAUCAUAUCACCUCUAAACUCUAUGUACGUUAGGGAAAGGCUCAAUCAUAGUUUGGUUUAAAACGAUGCCGCUGAUGACUAUGAAGAAAGCUGGAGAAUGCUGCCUGUGUUCUUCAUGUUAUCCUGGUCAUGGCUCAAGUGUGUGUUCAAAAUGGACAGAUUUUGUUUUGAUCCAAAAGCAACCCAGACAGAGCUGCAGCCUUGGAAAUGAGAGGGUAUGGAGUCACAGAUGAUCCAACUAAAAACUAAACCUAGCUAUUUUAUAUAAACAAACAUGAUUAUCUUAUAUCCAUAUGAGCAUAGUAAUUUUCUACUUAUUAUUACACAUGACCUAGAGAAUAAUGCUUUAUGAAAGUAAUCCAUUAUUAAUAUUACCAGGCCUUUAAUUGCAUAUAAGAUUUUUAUUCCCAAAUGAAUUGCUUUUUUAACAUAAUCCUACCAAAAUGAUGAAUAUAAAUUCUGAAAUACUUAUAAUUAGACAUGCAUCAUUGAAGAACAGUAUAAAUCCUCUCUCCUCUUUGCAACAAAGACCAUCCCUGAAAGUAUAGUCAUUAUUAAAAGUCAAUAUUGUUUAGGAGAUUACCUAAAUUUAAGCUUUUGUCUUUAACUGUUGAGUGCUCCUUAAAACGUAGAUGGGCUUAGUUGAAGGAUCUCUGUAGCUGUAUUGAUAAACCUUAUCGCUGUGUAUAAGACUGCUCAUUUUCAUCGACAAGUGAAUACGAACACAGAUGUGUGAGUCAAACGGAAAUGUGAUAAAACAAUCGCAAAAAAACUUGAGUUUCAAUGGGUGUAAGUAAUACCCAGACAGAGCCAAUCGGAAAGGUGCAUGAAGCUGGAUCUGAGGCGUUCAGCCAUUUGUUCUCUCCUGGGGGGGAAACUGUGUGACCUUCACUAUCAAUGAUUGACCUAAAUUAGGUCUCUUUCUAAGGAGGGAUACACUGAAGUAUUUACGUGUAUGCUGUAUACUGUCAUUCUCCAUGGACAUGUUUCAAACUAUGUGACAGAGAGAGAUUGUUAGACCAUCAUCAGGUUGUUUGCAGUGAACAGAUAGCCAUGAUAAUAUAGACAAAAGAUCAUGUAUUUCUAAAGACCUGUCAUCCGCGAGACCCCCCCCCCCAAAAAAAAAAAAAUGUUUAUCUAAAUAUGUUGUGUAAAUUCCUCCCAUUAUAUAGAUCACAUGACUUUCUGAAGCAAAAUGACCUGAGCUUUCUGUCUGUCUAUUGGGUGUGUUGCAACUCUACUGUGGGCUCAUUGACAUUGUCCUGAGGUGAACUUUUGAAUUGUGAUUACAUUGUCGUCACACUUUGUAGCAAGUAGAAUUAUUUUCAGAAAAUAUGUGAGUAAAAAUCUAUGUAUAAUUGGGUUGUUUAUAAUAUACUUGCUAGCGUGAAAAAUAAGAAAUUGAUAUUUGAUACUGACAAUUACUUAAUUCAUUAUACAUAGUAUUGACAAAGGACAACAUUAUUAUUUUGCCAUAUAUGAAAAAAAAGAAAAACUAGACUUUUGAAAUUAAAGAUCCUUUUCCACAUUGCAACAACAAAUUUGGAAAGAGCCGGUGUAAUUUGACCUGGUAAUAUCAACCAUUACAGAGAUGCAGACAUAGGGUAGCACCAAUUCAGCAAGGCAUAUCACAAUAAAGAGAGGACAUACUUAAUUUUACUGUUCUUGUUCAAAUAUUUUUUUCUUAUCAGGUUUACAUUCCAUUUUGUCAGCUCUAGUCAAUUAUGUUACCAUAGUAAUAUCCAUGGAUGGUUUGAAACUGUCACUACUGCUUAUUGAUUGUUUACAGAGUUUUCUUUUUUGUAUUCAGAAGUACUUAAAUACCACUUUACUCAGAAAUCAAAUGGUACAAAUCACAACCCAAAGCAGACACAUACUUACAGAAUAGUCCAUUUCAUUUUAUCUAAAUGUUUGUUUGUUUUUUCAAUACGUGUACCCACAAUUUGUGUGACUGGUUUGACUCAAACUGGAAAAAAAAUCAUAACACUGGACUGAAACCUGUUCUUACAUUCUAAGGUUUUUAAGCUUUAUCUCUUUCCAGCGCAAAUACUCCACAAAUCUAAGGUACUGCUCUAUACCAUAUCAUACGUUUGUAUUGGAUGUUGAAGUCUUUGCAAUGUACGCCUCUAAAGUUUUAGAGUGUUUUGAAGUGCCAUGAAAAGUGUUGUUGAACAAGCAUCAUCCAGUCAUUCACAGACUCACUCACUUAUUCAGAAUGAGUAAGGGUUGAGUUAGUUCCUCUCAGAAAGGGAAGUAAAUGUAUUCGAGUAUGGCAUCUUAUACUGGCAUGGGGAACAUCCAAGCCAUCAAUGCCUCCAUGCCAGUAGAGUGCCAGGCAGUGCUGUAGGUCUAAAGGAGGGCCUGUUUGAAGACCCACUAAAGCAAAAAGUGGCAUUGAAAAGGAGGGAAGGGUACAUGGGGCAGGGACACUGCUCAUCAACCUUCAACAUAUCAUACAUCUGUGUUGGUCGUACUGUCUGUAGCCUAAGGUACCUAACUUGUUGUUAGGAGACUGCAGAGAGAUAUGUUAAAACAUGUUUGUUGUGUGGUAGAAGGUAUGAAUGACUGAAGGAUGCACAGAGAGCACAGGCCAGGCUGUUUCAUGUGCUUGAGAACACCUGUCUGUGUUUUAGUCAACUUAAGAGUCAGGACUAUGAAACUUCACACAUUGUUUCAUAUUUUUGUUAAUCUAUUUUCUUGCUGUAAAGGAUGGAUAUAACUUAUUUGCUGGAAAAUGUACUAGAUGUAAUAAAAUAUAUAAUACUAUGGGGGAUUUAAGUCUUAACAACACAUUGAAAUUGCAGUUGGCAAUUUUGAAGUUGAUUUUGAUGGAGGGAAAAAAAUGCCGUUUUUUUGUGUGUGUGGGGGGGGGGGCUGCCUAUCAGUUCAGAUGGAAUUCGGGACAUUGCUCUCACAUGUCACAUAUCUGAUUCUUUGGCACAUGGUCAUUGCAGGAAUCGGGAGUUUGAAAUAGCCUACUUAGUUUUGUCGAAGCGAAUAUAGAUAUAUGGAGAAUUUGAUGGUGCUGAGUUGAUCUACCUGACUCUGUCAAAUAUAAUCUGCUGAUAAAUAUACUGUCUUGUACAAAAAGUUUGUACAUAAAUUGUACAUGAUUUCUUUUUGUAUUUUCUCAAAUUAAAAUGGAUGUAUUUGUGUUCUAAAA